AUCGUUUUCCUGCCACAUACAAGUGUUUGUCAUCCGUGCUGUCAGUUUCAAAACGUCCCAAUUAUUGUGCUAAAAUGUCCGGUUUCGGUGACAAUUUCGACCAGAACGUCGACCCGGCGGCGGAGUUCCUGGCCCGCGAACAGGACGAACUGGCCGGACUGGAGGACGAGGUCAAACCGGCCGCCACAUUCGCCCCAGUUCUGAACGGAGAUGAACCUGCAAACACUAAUUCGGCAAGCAGUUUCGAAAUGGUUGAGAACAUUGAACAAGAACAAGCAGAACAAGUUAAGAAUGAACAGGUUGAUGAUAAUUUUUUUCUUUCGGAUAAUGAUAAUCCAUUUAUGGAUAACCAGCUGAACAUAGACAACCAAGAUUUCUAUGAUAGAGCCACCCCUUCGCCCCCGACAAGGUCGGAGCCCCGCGAAGAGCCUGAGAAGAUCAGAAAGUGGCGCGAGGAACAGAUCAAACGUCUCGAGGAGAAAGACAAGGAAGAAGAGAAAAAGAAACAGGAAUUGAGGGAGAUUGCCAAGAAAGAACUGGAGGAUUGGUACAAGAAUCACGAGGAGACGAUAGAAAAAACGAAAGCAGCCAAUAGGGACGCAGCAAAGAAUGCGGAGAAACAGUUUGUGGCGGAGGACGAUGCGAUUGCCCCCGGAACCGAAUGGGAAAGGAUCGCGAAACUGUGCGACUUCAAUCCGAAAGCAAAGCAGGGUAGCAAAGACGUGUCUCGCAUGCGCAGCAUCAUACUGCAGAUGAAACAGACUCCGGUUCCGAUCAAAAAUUCCGCCUAACCCUGUCCGAAUUGUCUGGGAGCCAACAUGAUUAGUUCAAGAUUAUAUAACUAAUUAUACUGAAUAAUUAUACAUGUAUUAUUGCUAUUAUCUCGUUUUUCUUUGUUAUACCAUCGCGGUUUGAUUUCUAUUAAGACAAUAUUUAAGGUUUUUUUCGUAUCGAUUUUGCUAACUGAUGUAUAUGAUUGUACCAAGAUGUAGACUAAGAAAUAAAUAUUUAGUUAUACGUU